AUGCUCGAGUCCCUUCUGCGCGCUCGCGUGCUCUACGGGGCCGUGGCCAUGUCUGUGAGCGUGCUCGUGUUCUCCUUCUUGCAAGAGCGCGAGCAGAUCAAGGACAAGAAAUCCGAGUCGGCCGAGCGCGCAGUAAGUACGAAACGCUUUUUUGAAGCCAUUGAGCGCAUGUCGCACUUAACGACGGCCCAGCGCGUGGAAAUCCAGCGGUUUUGGCGCAACUUAAGUACGAAAAAACACCCACAGCAUCGUCGAACGUGCCGCGAUUAUCGACUUGGGAAAUGCCACUCGAGUUUGUCACUGGAGACGGAGGACGAGAGGCGUGAUGACGACCAAGUGAUUGUGAUGAAGGACGUGCAGGACUUUGCGCUGGAGUACACGCGCGUGUUCCCCACGACUUUUCCCGAGACUCAAGUCCUCGAAGCUGCUGAGAAAGCGGCGGAUGCAGGCGAGCACGGAGGCACGGCUUGGAGUGGUCUUGUCGACAGCACGAGCACGAUGAUCGUGUCUACGGGCAAGCGGUUGAACCACAUUGCCAAAGACACUAAAGACGAAGUGCAGUUGGCGAUGCAUCGGACCGUGCGGAAAGUGCUGGAGAGUGCACUCGAUAUCGUGGCUGGAAAGUUGCAACAGACGUUGAAAGAUCCGGAUAUGCCGGAGUAUCUAAAGACGAACAUUGAUAUUGGCAUUCAACAGUUUAUGCCGGACGUCAAGAUGGAGAUUUUUCGCAAAACACGGGAACUAUUUGGUCAAGGUGUUCAGGCGACCCAAGUCGAAACAAGAGAUUUGCAAAAUCGGGGUGAAAGAGCUUUGCAGCAAGGACAAGGAGAUGCCUGUGACUUUCUCGUCACGAACCAAAGGUUCCGCAUCUUUCGACGCCUGCGUGCACACAUUCUGCACCACUUGUUUCCGCAUGAUAAGACGAUCUGGCGGUCUCUCAGAGACCCAUGGUGGAUUGCAUACACUAGUGCAGGUCUUCUACCUGUGAUCGGCCAGUUGUGGUGGAUCUUUCUGUUCCUCAUAAAGGACAAGACGAACGAACAUCAGUUGUGCGAGUUCAUCGUGGGGUUCAAGGCUGCGCACUUUAUCACGCUGGGCAUCAUGCAUAUGACGUUUGGCGUCUUUAUGUAUGUGACAUGUAUCGUGCAAGGCUCUAUGCUAAGCUGCCAAAAUGGCGGUGGUCCUGCACUAAGUGAGGGAACAGCGUGCUUUUUCGCGUUGCAGAUUCUGCUCGUCUGGGCGGCAUUCCUUCGGUUACCUUACACCGAGCGUCCAAAGGAGACGACACCGUAUUCGACACAAUCGAUGGAGCAACGAGAACGUAGCGUGUUACGCGAUGCAUUUGGUAACGAAGUGCAUUUGAAUCGUGGUGGCUACCUGAUGAAGUUUUGCGGCUACGAGACAGUAUCCUUCAUCGUAGUGAUGGCCCUUGCGGGUCUUGUGCUUUGCCUACCAUUCGAGUCGUGGCAGCGUCGAGCGUUGUUCUACUGGAUUCGCACCGCGUAUGGACUCUUUUCGUUCCCUUUCCUGAUUUUCAAGAUUCCCGUGCUGGCAAAAGUGUUGAUGCACACUCGACAAAUGGGUUACAACGAGUUGGGCGAAACCGUGCGGUUUGUCGUCAAGAAGCGGGUUGAGUGA